CGUCUCUAACUCAAAUACGACGGCACGCUUUGCUCUUGUUCAAGCUAGUUGUGGUUGUUGCUCUUGUUGUUGUUAUUGUUUCUUGUUAUUAUUGUUAGUACAAUAUUUGAUUAUUGAACGUAUUUGGUUUCGGUUUCGAUUCAUUUAUCGAGAUGCCGAAGCGCAAAUACAAGAAUCCCGUAAACAAUUAUUUCAUCUAUAACUAUGAUAUACACAAGAGCACAUGCAAAAUUUGCUAUUUCGAUAUGGCCGGUCGCCAGAACCUGAUGCGACAUCUGAAGCGCAAGCACCCGGCCACGUACGGAAAGCUGAUGAUCGAAAGGCAGCGACGUCGAUCCGCCAAUCGGCCGCAUCAAACCGGUAAAAAAUCAGCAACCGAUUCGACAACAGUAACGUCUUCCUUAGCAGCAGCAGCCGGUGGUCCGUUGUCAUCCAUGUUCAAAUUCGAAACGGAGCCGCAUAAAUUGUUCAUCAAAUCAGAAAAAUUGACAUUCCGACUUGAUGAACCUGGCCAACAACCGCAACAGAUGCCCAUGUCGAAGACUUGUUCCAAUAGCUUCGAUGACGACGAGGACGCCGAGGAUCCAACGCCCAUUGGACAAUUCGAGAGCGUUUUUCUGGGCAAAACUGAGCUGCGCGACAGUCACUUGAACGAUUUCUACGAAUUGAUCACAUAUCAGGACAGUCAUGCCGAGGAGGAUCCCUUAAUCAUCACCAAUUUAACGCAAAACAUUUCCGAGACGCCGGCAAAUACUUUCUCCUCAUCGGACGCAAGUUGUUCCAAUCCGGAUGAUGCAUUUUUCCUACAAUAUCUGGGCAAUAAGUUUGGCAAAUAUUCCAAGAAUACCCGCAAUAUGGUGCAGUUUUAUAUUAGUCGCAUACUCUAUAAGGCGGACAUGGGAUACUAUGAAAAUGGCGAUGUAUCCAAGUUGUUCGAUGCGGAUAUUUAAAUAGCACAACAUUUCGAUUUUAAGUGGAUAGUAAAAUAGUAAUAGUGGAUAGUGUUAAAACUAAAGGAAUAUGAUUAAGAUAGUGAUAAACAAAAAAAAACAAAAA